AGCAAUUCCCACAAAGGACCAAAAGGCAAACACUGUGGCCCGUGCUUUAAUUCAGCAAUGGUUCUACCGAUUUGGCCCACCUGCACGCUUGCAUUCCGAUCAGGGGAGAAAUUUUGAGAGUAGAUUAGUACAGCAGCUUUGUCAGAUGUAUGGUAUCCAGAAGAGUAGAACUACACCGUACCAUCCACAAGGGAAUGGGCAGUGUGAACGGUUUAACCGUACACUCCACGACCUGUUGCGCACGUUACCCUUGGAUGAAAAGCGACACUGGCCGCACCACCUGCCUCAGCUGACAUUCGCAUACAAUACUACCCCCCAUCCAACCACCGGGCACACGCCGUAUUACCUUAUGUUUGGACACCACCCCAGGUUGCCCAUUGAUUUCCUAUUGGGUGACAAUGGGACUGCCCCAGGAACUGUUCAGGAUGCUGAGCCUCUGGAGGAAUGGAUUGCAAGACACCGGCAGAGUGCCCAGAUGACUUGGCAGCAUGUCAAACAAAGAGCAGAGGAGGUGGCACGCAGAAGGAAUCAGAAGCACAACGACCAGGCAAAUGAUGCAGGGUUGGAAGAGGGACAGCUCGUAUAUAUGCGGAACCAUGUGCAGGGGCGGAACAAAAUACAAGAUCACUGGAGCCCCCAAGUCUUUCAAGUGGUACGUGCCCCUUCUGCAACAGGGGUGGUGUACACGCUGGCCCCAUUGGGACAAGAAGGACCGCUGCGACAGGUCCACAGGUCAGAGUUGAGAGCAGUCCCUGAAGGAGUACGACCAGAGACCGAGAGAAUGCCUGCAGUACAGAGGAGGGUCCACAGCAGUGGUCGAAGUCCUGCAAGUGACCCUAUCAGCCCUGAGGAAAUAGAACCUGAAGGUGUGGUGAUGGUCUACCAUGAAGAACCUCAGUCAGAACUAGAGCCACCCGGGACUCCUAGUGGGGAUGACGAUGCAUUGUCAGAGGGAGAGUCUCUGCCACUGAGACGCUCCACGAGGACUACAGCGGGCCAGCAUCCAAAUCCGUUCCGACUACCUCGGGGGCUUGCUGUCACUGGAGAGGGAGGAAGCCACUCACACGGCGAAGAUUAGAGUAAAGUGCUAUCGUCGGGCCGCCGAUUCAGUUGGAGGGGGUGGAUUGUAAGCUGGGGAUAUGUGCCUAUUUUCUUUUAUGUUAGUGCACAUCCUUUUUUUAUUACUAUCAUCACUACUUGGUAUACUUCUCACUUAUUCCAGUUUACUUCCCCCUUCGUAGAUAAUUGAAUGGGUGGGCGGGCGCAAAUACGUCAGGUGUAAGUCUGUUGGGAACAGGCAUUAGUAUAGGCACCUGGGGUCCUGGCACCGGUUGUCUUCCUGUUGCUAGCUCGGCGUUUGCUUGGGUCGAGUGCAUGAGUGUUGUGGCCACUAUCGAGUGGCUUGCUGUGUAGCGCUACCGCGCAGCUCUUGUAAAGAGGUCCGGGGGUGUGCUGGCUUCUAACUGAGCAGGUAUGCGUUUUGUACAUUGAAGCAUCUCAGUGUGUGACUAAAGAUAUGUCGCUAGCCUUUGGAUAAUGUAUACUACUUUGUGUCCUUUGCCAGUCACCUGCUGUGUACCGUGGUUAUCCCAGCCACCUGCUGUAUGCCGUGUUUACCCUUGCGCUGGUUUGGGGGGCUGGUCUAGGAAGCCCUAGCUACAGUAGGCUACUUCAGCAAUCCAGGUAUGCACAUCGGCCGCAUACUGUAGCCAAGUGUACCAACCAAUGGUCUUUUAAUAUUGGUACUUGCUUUUAGUAAUGUAUGCCAUUCUGUGUUCUUGGUCAGUCACCUGUUGUGUUGCGGGUUCACCCAGUCACCUGGCCUAUCGUGAACGAGUUAUCCUGGCAUCGGAACGAUCUGUGAAACUCUAGCUGCAGUAAUAGGUAGGUUUGGGUGCAACCCGUCUUUUGAUGUCUGUCCAUUCGGUAGUAAUGAAUCACUUUUGUGUGGAGACUUAAGUAUUCAUUUGUCAUGAUCAGAAUGUAACACAUGGCAAGUGUUAAAGUCCUUUUACUAUGAGGGGCACAGAAUUGGGGUCAAUGGGGUAUGUUACAUUUAUGUGUGUUUUUCUUUUGUUUCAGUGUGUACAGCGCCACGGUGCGACUACAUUAUUUGCUGGCUGCUGUUCUUUGUGUAUGUGUGCGCGCGUGUGUGCGUGAAAGGUUUGUCGCGUUAGUUGUGCAUAGGGGUUAUUGUUUUUUUUGUUUCUCCCUCCAACCUGGGCUGGAGAAAUAAGAUGUUGCAACUGUGAGCCUCAGGUUGGAGGGAUUUAUUUUCUUUAUUCCUUUUGUUUUUUUUUGUUUGUCUUUGUGUGUCCCGUCUCCCCCCACCUCUUACUUCUGGCGUGGGCCGGGCGGUCAAUCCCAAGCGUACGGCCUCCAUAGUGUGUGUACAUCACCUGGUAGUGAUUAGAUUGUGACACGUUGUGUACAUUCACUAGUGUGAUCCAUGAGGUUUAUUUGUACACGUUUGAGGCUCUGAGAGCAAUGUGUUGUAGUGGUUAUACAUUUCUCGUGUGGCAUGAAAUGCAUUGUAGUGGUUAUACAUUUCACGAGUGAUAUGAAAUGCAUUGUAGUGGUUAUACAUUUCACGAGUGAUAUUGAGGCCAACGCUUUGGUGCCGCCGCCCAGGUUUAGUUAGAGUCCCUUGUCUGUGUAAGUGUUAUUUAUGACCAACCUCUGUGGUAUUUUUAAACAUGUUAAAUAAAGAUUUGUAUUUUUAUAUUUCCUUCUAAACACCUGUGCUGUCUGGUUAUUGCAUCAGGAUUCCCUUUGCUUUUGGUGGUUCUGCUGUAGGGGUGCAAUAGCCAGUC